AUGAGCGGCCUUUCUUCCUUCUUUCCCACAAAACUCUUGGGCUCAAUGCAUUCCAACCCUCGCGAACGGCAGACUGAUCCUCUCUCCCGCCUCCGCUUCACCCUCGAGACCAUGCCCGGCUCGAGAAAAUACAACUUCACCCCCGCAACACGCGCCGAGAUCCUUGCAGAGCUAUACGACGCGUUCUGGGGUCCCUACGCUCACCUCUUCCUCCCAAAUUCCAACUCUAGCCUUCCUCUGCACGCUACUCUCAGCGAAGUACAGGCUGCCGCCGGUCUCUCCAAGGACCCUCAGGUCGUGCCCGGUAGGCCGUGUGGCCACAUAUUCAAGAAGGGAGAGAGCUGCUUUCGCUGCAAAGACUGUGCACUUGACGAUAGUUGUGUCUUGUGCUCCCGUUGCUUUGAAAGCAUAGACCACACCGAUCACAACGUCAGCUUCUUCAUCGCUCAGCAAUCAGGUGGAUGUUGCGACUGCGGCGAUGUCGAAGCUUGGCGACAGCCUAUCAACUGCCCUUUCCAUCCAUACUCGAUCGAGAACGCAGAGUACAUCAAUGGAUUCCAGGCGAAGACUUUCCGUGACCCUCCAAGGCCACACCCCAAGACCUUGACCGGCCACGACAUCCCUCCCGUCAAGAACUAUCCAUUCAGAGUCCAUGUCCCUCCCGACCUACGUGAUAGUAUAAGCCGCACUAUUGGCUAUGCCAUCGACUUCAUCCUGGACACACUCGACUCCUCGCCGGACGAGACCUUCAUGGCCACUCCUCCCAGCGAGGCCGUCCUUCGCUUGCAGCCUACAGGUGAUCCUCUCAUGCACGACCAAUUCGCCAUCGUCGUCUGGAACGAUGACAAGCACUCCUUUGAUGAGGUCAUAGAGCUACUGCACGACAUCACCAACCGCUCGCGCGAGGAGGCUGCCCAGAUUGCGGACCGCAUAGACGAGCACGGCCGAGACAUCAUCGAGAUGAGUGGUAACAGCGCUCGCCUCCUGGACAUGGCGCGCGCGAUUGCUCAAAUCGACCUCGGCGUGACUGUCCGCCGUGCAUUUGACACCUUUCGCGAGCAGGUCUCUGCUGUGAUCAUCGAGUGGCUCUUAGACCUCACUCGAAGUCGACUCAGCACCGACGCGUUGAUCUUGCGAGAAAUUCUGGCGUCCGAACUGCUGUCUCCUCGCAAGAACUCUUCUCUACUUUCUGCCAAGGAUCCUAGCAGAGUGCUCCCGGAUCUCCAAGAGCCGACGAGGCUUGACUGGCUUUUCCUCUACCAUGCCCGCUUGUGGAAGAAGCCACGUCUAAAUCUCAAAGAGAUAUACGCUUCCCUUCUUACAGUAAGCCAUCAACACAAACUGGCGAUAGCAUCUCACUUCGCUGGUGUAUACCAUCGCAUCAUCGACGCAUACCUCCUCACCGACCGCGAAGCCGAGACUUCUAUCAAGUACUUCGCGCUGCAGCUCUUCACUGUUCCCUCCAUCUCGCUCUACAUCGUCCGCCACCACAACAUCGUCUCGCGUCUUCUCGCCAUUAUCACCGCCUUCUUCACUAACCAGAUCGCCGAGAAGAGGAUCGCGUUUCCGCCCAAGUCCGACGCUGAAAUCGACGUUGACACCUUCCCGUUCAAGUCGAAGCGUUUCAUGCCCGUCUUCAGCGACCUCCGCUACCUAUGCCACAACGAGUCCGUCCAGCACCUCAUCGCGUCCAACCGCGAAUUCAUCGUCCAAUUCGCCCAGACCUGUCAGAUCUUCAUGUGCAUCAACCCGAAUAAACGCGCCGCGUCCAGCCACGUCGAGUAUGAGACGGAUGCAUGGAUUAGCGUCUUCAACGUCACUCUGUCUCUGUCCAGGGUCAUCAAGAUUUACGGAGAGGCCUUCUCAAAGGCCAAGCCGAGCGGGCUCGUCGCCGCUAUCCACACGGUCAUGCACCACAUCCUGAAGUGCAUCACCGUGGUUGAUGACCGCCGCGACUUGGCGCGCUUCCCGCCCGUGGCUUUCCACCAUGUCGUGUUCGGAGAGACGACGUACAAGAUCAUCGAGUUCGAUGUCAUGGACGGCUCUAUCAGCUUCCACCACUCGCUGCAGUGGCUCCUUGCAGAGCUCUUUAAGCACGUCGACAUCCUAUCUGAAGAGCGGCUGAGCCAGAACGGCUACAGCAGUUUGAGGGACGUAUGCUUGCGGCAUGUGAACGAGGAGGCUUUACUCACCGUCAUUGACUAUCCGCUGCGAGUGUUGGCCAUGAUUGCACAGAUCCGCACCGGACUAUGGGUUCGUAACGGGUUCGCGAUCCGAGGCCAGCUCCUCCACUACCGCGACUUCAUGCUUCGAGAGCUGUGCUACGACCAAGACCUCUUCAUCUUGCAGACCGCCCUCGUCGUUCUCGACCCCAACACGGUCUUCGUAAGCAUGCUCGAUCGCUUCCAGCUGCUCGGCUACUUCUCUGGCGCGACCCUGCAUCCGGCCUACGACACCUCCCACCUGUCCGGCAUGGUCGAGGAGUUCUUCUAUGUCCUCAUCACUGUCCUCACAGAGACCGCCAGCGCGACCAAGAUGUCUCUCCGCGUUGCUGUGCGCCGGGAGAUCGUGCACGCGCUCGCGGUGGGACCCUGCUCCUUCACUGACCUUGUGAAGCGCGUCGCCGAGCGCAUGGUCGACGACGUCUGCUUCGAGCGCGUGCUCCGCGACGUCGCCAACUUCAAAGCGCCGGAUUCGACGGCCGACUUCGGUACGUACGAGCUCAAGGACGAGGCGUUUGACGAGGUCAACCCCUUCUUUUACCACUACACCCGGAACAAGCGGGAGGAGGUCGAUCUCGUGCUGCGCAACCGUCUGAAGAGGGUUCUCAAGGUCCAGGACCCUGUGAUCGUCCCGAAGCAAAUGAACAUCACGACGGGCCCCUUCGUGACGUUGUCGUCCGCCUUCGAGUCGGAGGUCCUCGUGCAGAUCUUCUUCUACGGCAUCUACAACAUCCUCACCCUCACGGACGCCACGGAUGCAGCGCCGCCCUCGGCCGAAGCUAUCCUGGACCAAAUUCUACAUUUGAUAAUGGUUGCGUACGUCGAGCGUCCCUCGGUCUUCAGCGGGCUGGCCGUCCAUAAGGCCUUCGAGGAAGAGAAGAACCUCAUCGACAUUCUGUCCACGUUCGAGUACCACGAGAAGUACCCAACCUACAGGAGGCGGGUGCAGUGGAUCCUAGACCACAUCACUGAGCACGAGCGCCCCGAGGUGGAGAGUCGCCGUCGCCGCCCCGAGUCGCAGGCCGACGUCGAGGACCCGAACGAGGCGAAGAAGCGUGCUGCGAAGGCGCGGCAGGAGGCGAUCAUGCGGCAGAUGAAAGCACAACAGGCUCAGGUCGCCUUCAACUUCGAGGAUAUCGAUGAUGACGAGGACGAAGACCUGGAGGGCACCCCCGAUGCCCCGGUCUCAUACGGGACGUGCAUCGUCUGCCAGGAGGAGCUCAACGGGACGAAGUCAUUCGGCUCCCUCGGCUUCAUCCAGCCCAGCCGCCACCUCCGCAAGCAUCCUGAUGGGUACCAGUCGUACACAAACGAGUCCAUGAUGUGCCCGGACUCACUUGACCGCACGUCAGAAGCGACCGCAGACACGGGCUUCCCACCUCCUGUCGCCGAGAUCAAGAACUCGAAACGCUUGCAUUCGACCAACUUCGACGCGUUCCCUUCGCAGUUCACCCGCUUCGGCCUGCACGCCUCCAUAUGCAGCCACAUGAUGCAUCUCGACUGCUUCACCGUAUACAGUGCGUCGAUCCGACAGCGCCACCGCAACCAGGCGACACGGAACCAUCCCGAAAGUAUCCCCCGGAAGGAGUAUAUCUGCCCCCUGUGCAAGAGCCUCGGGAACGUCAUCCUGCCAGUAGUGGUCACUACGCCACCUCCGGAACUUAACAACCUGGCCUUCCCAGACUGGGUACGGGCUGCGGGUAUCAGCAUCCUCAAGUCGAAGCCCGACCCAGUUCUAGAAUCCCUCCAGUUCCGCACCGGCAGCGGGGAGUUCGUCUUCUGGGCGGCACAAGACUCCGCGUACCAGUCGCAUCUGCGCGUCACCGAGCGGCCAGACAGCGCCGAGCUGCACAAGAUGGUCGACACGGUCAUGGUCGUGGCGAAGAACAUCUCUCAGCAGUCACGACACCUGCGGGAGCGCACCGAACCCGAGCCCGGUGAGCGUGGUGCGGGGAUGUACCUUCCGGAGGAGUUGGUCGGCUAUUCUGUGUCUGCCUUGGAGGUCGCGCUUCGCGGUCAUGGCUCCGCUGGGAAGACGGUUGCAGACCUGAUCACCGAUCCUCAGUAUCGCAUGAUUCGCGGGCUGCUCGCCUGCCUCACGAAGGCUGUCUCCUUGAGCUUCAAGCUCAGGCCCGACGAGGGUCGUGAAGCUGUUCGGCAAGCAAUCAUCAAGCGACUACUUCCAGAAUGGAGUCGGACUUCAUUCACGUCAUUCUCGCACCCUCUUCUCCUCCGCGAUCCCUUUGCGCUCCUGGUGGAGACCGCGGCAGUCGCGCCGGACAUGCUCAGACACAUCCUCAUCCUGACCUACUACGCCAACCUCGCGCGGACGGUCAUCGGGCUCGUGUAUAUUCUCAACAAGAGCCGGAGCGCCGCGACACCCGCACUCAGUACGCGCAAGUACGAGGAUCUCUUCGGCGACACCCGCAUGUUCUUCAUGUCCGUGGUUCGCCACUCUCCCAUCUUCGAGCAGGCGGCUGAGGGUGUCCUCCUAUCCUUCGGCGACGCGCGCAUCGAGCAACUGCUCUACGCCUUCACCUUGCCCUUCCUUCGGCGCGCCCUCAUCCUCUGCCGCGCGACCUACCCGAACGCUUUCGCGACCCCGCCCGACCUCGACGAGUCUCUCUGCGAGUACCGCCGGCUGAUCAAGAUCCUUGGCAUCCCUCCGCUAGCGCAGCUGCCCGCGCAGGACACGAUCCAGAACGCCCUCUCGGGGUGGUGCGCGCACUACGGACACUCGCAGGCUGCAUCGCAGCUCAACUGCGGCGUCAUGCUCGAGUACCCGUCCAUCUACCGCCUCGCGCGCCUUCCGCUCGUAUUGGACCACCUAUACCUCGACCAGGACAAGACGAUGACCUGUGCGCGGUGCAACACCGUCCCAUUGGACGCGGCGAUUUGCCUGUUCUGCGGUACGACGGUGUGUUUCCAGAGCCACUGCUGCAUGGAUCUCGAUAGCCAAGCUCGGGGAGAAUGCAACAUCCACACACGAGACUGUUCCGGACCCAUUGGCCUGUAUUUCCUUGUCAAGCGCUGUUCGCUACUAUAUCUCUACGCCAACAACGGCGCCUUCGGCCAGUCGCCGUACCUGGAUGUCCAUGGCGAAGUCGACGUAUCGAUGAGACGCGGCCGGAGACAAUACUUGCACAAGGCACGGUGGGAGGACGUGCACAAGACAUGGCUGAACCACGGGAUACCCACGCUGAUCGCACGGCGUCUCGAGGGGACGGUGGACAGCGGAGGCUGGGAGACGCUUUGA